AUCUUCUUGUGGGGUGCUGACAAAAGCAUUUCGGUUUAUUACAAAAGUACCAACAUAUUCCGGAUAAGUUUCAGAUAAGAUAAACAUAUUUUCUGGAAACCCCACCCAUUUCUCCCUCUUCUUCCCGUCUUCAAUCUUUUUUUUUUCUUUGCUCAUCAAAUCAUCUUUGGGCUAAAAUGCUCAGAGGAAUUCAAGCACUCCUUUCUCAUGGAAGUGUACUGAAGACGGCUGCCUUAAGACAUGUCCGUUUGGGCAAUCCAGUGAUGAAUCGGCCACUCAUGUUUGCCCGUCACGAGUCAACUUCAGCUGCCCGGAUGGAAGAGCACGGGUUUGAAAGCACCACUAUUUCUGACAUUUUGAAAUCCAAGGGCAAAGGUGCAGAUGGGUCAUGGCUGUGGUGUACUACAGAUGAUUCUGUCUAUGAUGCCGUCAAGUCGAUGACUCAGCACAAUGUAGGAGCAUUGGUUGUGGUUAAACCAGGGGAAGAGAAAUCAAUUGCUGGUAUUAUCACUGAAAGAGAUUACCUCAGGAAAAUCAUAGUACAGGGAAGAUCAUCAAAAUCAACAAAGGUUGGGGACAUUAUGACAGAAGAGAAUAAGCUCAUUACUGUCACGCCUCAUACCAAGGUUCUGAAAGCCAUGCAGCUAAUGACAGAUAACCGUAUAAGGCACAUCCCAGUGAUUAAUGACUCGGGAAUGGUGGGGAUGGUGUCGAUCGGAGAUGUUGUUCGUGCAGUGGUGAGUGAGCAUAGGAAUGAGCUGAACAGGCUGAAUGAAUUCAUUCAAGGAGGCUACUAGUUGCUGUUGAUGAUGACGAUAAUCAAUCCAUGCUGCGUAAUAAACUGACCAUGAGAUACAAAUAAGGCUCUGAUGUUUGCAACUCAGGUUGAGAACAUGUGUGUGUGUAAAUAGUGUUCAUGUGGUCUUUCGCAGAAUGGUGCUGGCUUGCAGAUUCAGCCAAUUGAUCUUUAUUAAACUAAUGCAAUCUGUAGUGUAUUACAUUUUGAACUAUAUGUUCAUUUCCCCUUGUUUUGAUUUAUAAUGCCAUUAUCAUGAGUAGCGAUCCUGAAUUCGCCGUCCGGCCGUGGCCAUCCGAGGCCCUUCUCGGUGGAAUUUUUUGAUGAAUUUUUUGAGCAUGUUCCCCAUCAAGUCUAGUUUAUCCAUCCAAAUUUCAUCUAAAACUUCAAUCGGGAAGGCACUCAAAUAAAUGUUCUACAAAAACUGCACUUUAAAUAUACAUAAACUGCGCAGUUUUGGUAGAGAAUUUAUUUCACUGCCUUCCCGAUUGAACUUUUAACUGAAAUUCGGUAUGAACAAACUAGACUUGAUGAGGGACAUGCUAAAAAAUUUCAUCAAAAAAAUCCACCGGAAAGGGCCUUUGAUGGCCUCGGCCUGACGGCGGUUCCUGUCAGGCCGGCCUGAUAUGAUCUUUCCUCAAAUAUAGUAUCAGCAAUUGAAUGUCCAACAUAUCACAAAUGAGUUCUACUUUGAAAUGAACAAGAAGAAUUUUCUUUCAAAUAUGGCUUACAAGAAUCUGUAAGAUGGCUUAACUUUUAUAGAACAUGAAACUUUUAUUGGAUUCAAGAUUUUGAA